AUGUCGUUCGCUUCAGCGCCUUGCGCAUUGCUCGCGCUCUUCUUCUUCGCAAAGGCUACUAAUGCCGUUGCUGUUCCCGUAGGCGAAGUGAAUUCCACGGCCGUUUCUGCCACAUCUACCGGUCUGCCGUCAACCAUCACUCAGGCCCCAAACUUGCCAAUUUCGGAUCAGGUGGUUCCAAUCAACACAUGCUCUUACUACAAUUCGACCAUCAGUCAAUACCAAUGGAACGACCCAUGGUGUAGCAUCCAAGCUGGCACCGUUCAGCUCACUUACUGGCCAACGGAUACGAACUACUCCUAUCCAGCAACCAUCUAUGAUUCCCAGCUGGAUUAUACAUUCACAUCGCCUUCCGUGUACAUGGUAGUUAACACCAUCUACGGUUGGAAUCCAUGCGGACCUCUCGGGCCUACAACUAGCAAUGGAAUCUUUGGCUUCGACCUCACCGACGUCUCGACGCUUGUCCCCUACGACGAUAUGACGGCGACCACUCGCCGCGCCACGCGCCAACUCUAUCUCAGCGAUCUCGGCAAGAACUGUCCAACCACCGAAAACAGCGAGGCGAUGACAAACACCCACCCGGUGAAGAACGCUGAUUCUCGCUGCAACCCAAACCUCGUUAUCCCAAAGGCGAUCAAGCAAAUGGGGCUGCCAUACUGGAACCAUUGCGGCAACGUCGGGAACAAGUUUGGGCUCUUCGAUCCUCCGUAUGCUAUGCCAACACUAGACGGGCUUUUCCCAGUGACGACGACUGCACCUGUUGUGCCGCCAGUAGUACCAACUACAUCAGCAGCUACAGGACCGACUGCUGUUCCGGACCUCCCUACGAACACGGUUGCUGUUCCUGAGCCGACUGCGCCAACCCCUGAUGUCCCAGUUGUCAACAAGCCAACCCCUGACGUUCCUGUUGUCAACCAGCCAACCCCUGAUACUCCAGUUGUCAACCAGCCAAACCCCGAUACUCCAGUUGUCAACCAGCCAAACCCCGACACACCUGUCGUAUCCGUUCCAGCCGAAGUCUCUUCAGCCGCCGGCGCCGCACCAACACUGCCACAGCAAGUUGUCAGUCUCGGCCCUGGUGGAUUCGAAGUCAUCCACAGCGAGGGUGCCGUCCCUUCCACGUAUUUGGUCCCUGCCAUUGGCGCAACGGAAGUUGGCGUCGGUGUCGCACCUGCUUCCGUCGUCGUCUACCAAGGACAAACCGUGACCGCAGGAGGCGCCGCUGUCACAGUGACGAAUCCGGCGGCGGAGGUGAAUGCUGGUGGUAAUGCUGCUGGAACUGAAGCGGCCACGGAGGCGGAUAAUGCUACGAGUACAUCGCCGGUCUACUCCGGGUCUGCCAACAAAGUACUGGGUAGCACUGUUUGCCUCGGUGCGGGCUUUCUUGUUGCAGUCUUGAUGCUCUAAAAAAUUAGUGAUCCUGGAUAUUUAUAUUUACAGCACGUUCGUUAGUCACCGAUCGCCACGAUCUAAUGGAUACAUUUAUUCACUAUAAAGCCGAGCGCACGUACGAGUUUAGAGCCUAUUCUAAACUCAUAGUUGAUGAAUUUCAAUGACUUGAAUAAUUUGUGGGUUCGAGGAGUUUUCUUGCUAGCUCUGUUCUGAUUGUUGUUCGAGCUUCCGGGUUCAUUUCGUGCGGCCGAGGCUCGCCUGGUAUCUCGGUUUCUGUCACUUUUGUCAUAUUCCGGGACUUUUUCUAGCUAUAUUUAUCAAUAACGUUUGUUUGGAUUAUGCAGGGAGCUAGUUGAUGUUAAGGGAUUUUAUAUGAUGAUG